CCUCCGUCUAUCGAAUCCAAUUCUUGGCUGCUAAAGUUUUGCUUUUGAAUUACAACGACUCUGUUCACUCACAUCGUCAGUAUUCGGAAUGAGAUCUGGAAGAGACAACAACGUCUGCUUCCUGGGUUUUCUUGUCUUUUUCCUUAUCUCCUAUCUCUCCUUGUCACUUGCUCUUACCAAUCCUGACGAUGUUGCGGCUAUUAACAGCCUCUUCCUUGCACUGGAGUCUCCUCUUCUCCCUGGUUGGGUUGCAUCUGGAGGUGAUCCAUGUGGCGAGAGCUGGCAAGGUGUUUUAUGUAAUGCUUCCCAAGUAGAAACCAUAAUUCUCAUCAGUGCCAGUCUUGGAGGAGAGCUUGGUGUUGGUUUAAACAUGUUUACUUCUCUUAAAGCAAUGGAUUUUAGCAACAAUCACAUUGGAGGAAGUAUCCCAUCCACGUUACCUGAUUCACUACAGAACUUGUUUCUUUCUGGUAACAAGUUUACAGGAACCAUCCCAGAAUCUCUUUCCUCCUUAAAAUCUUUGUCUGUCAUGUCCUUGAACAAUAACCUUUUGUCUGGCAAGAUACCCGAUGUCUUUCAAGACCUUGGCCUUAUGAUCAAUCUAGAUUUGUCUAGCAACAAUCUGAGUGGACCAUUGCCUCCUUCCAUGCAGAAUCUUUCGACUCUUACAUCCUUGCUUUUGCAGAACAAUCAUCUUUCAGGAGAGCUUGAUGUUCUUCAAGAUCUUCCCCUCAAGGACUUGAAUGUCGAGAACAACCUCUUCAAUGGACCUAUACCAGAAAAGUUGUUGGGUAUACCAAAUUUCAUAAAAGGCGGUAACCUGUUUAACGUCACUAUUGCUCCAUCGCCUUCACCUGAAACACCUCCAAGUCCAACAUCACCUAAGCGGCCGUUUUUUGGACCACCAUCUACCAAUGCAUCAACUGGUCAUGGUCAGGCACAUGUGAGAUCACCCCCUUCUGAUCACCCAUCCCGACCAACUCCUCAAGGGGAAAAAGAUUCAUUUACCAGUAAAAGAAUCAUUUGGAUAUCCAUUCUUGGGGCCUUUUCAUUUUUGGUUUUGGCCUUGGUAUGCCUACUUUGGGGGAGGAAAUGUCUCAGAAGAAGAGAAGACAGUGAACAACUAUCCAAACCGCACCUAACUAGUGAAUAUGGGAGGGCAAGGGAGAGUUCUCGCUCCAAUGCUUCUAUGCUUCCUCCAUCCGAUACAUUCAAUAAAGACAAGGAGGCUAAACCAAAAGAGAGAAUAGGAGGUGCUUCGAAGCUGCAGAGUGGGGCAGAAAGAAGCGUAGGAAGUGAAUCAAAGCAGGAGAGUCAUGAGAUAGACAUGAAUGGCAAUGCUAUGGAUUUGAUGUAUCCCUCAUCAAUUCCACCUAUCAAAAGGGUCAUCGCAAAGGCGACUGUACCUACUGAAGCAUCUCUAAAGAAGCCAUCCAGUAAAUCCUUUGGGCCCUUGACAUCCGUGAAGCACUUCACGGUCGCAUCUCUACAACAACACACAAAUAGCUUCUCCCAGGAAAACCUUAUUGGAACGGGCAUGCUUGGGAGUGUCUACAGGGCAGAGUUUCCAGGUGGAAAGCUUUUGGCUGUGAGGAAGUUGGAUAAGAAGUCUUCCAAUCAUACAGAAGAAGAGAAAUUUGUGGAGCUAGUGAAUAAUAUAGAUAGAAUCCAGCAUGCCAAUAUUGUCCAACUCGUGGGUUUCUGUUCUGAGCACAGUCAGAGGCUUCUAAUCCAUGAGUAUUGUAGGAACGGUACUCUGCACGAUUUGCUGCAUACUGAUGACAGGUUAAUGAUUAAACUAUCAUGGAAUAUCCGUGUUAGGAUGGCACUAGAAGCUGCAAAAGCUCUGGAGUAUCUGCAUGAGAUCUGUGAUCCACCUAGUAUUCACCGAAAUUUCAAGUCUGCAAAUAUUCUCCUUGAUGACGAUCUGAGGGUGCAUGUCUCAGACUGUGGCUUGGCUUCCCUAAUCUCCUCAGGUGCCGUUAGUCAGUUAUCGGGUCAACUCUUAGCGGCCUACGGAUAUGGAGCUCCAGAGUUUGAAUAUGGGAUCUAUACAGUGAAAUGUGAUGUCUACAGUUUUGGAGUGGUUAUGUUAGAACUCUUGACAGGCCGCAAGUCAUAUGACAAGAAACGGGAUAGAGGAGAGCAGUUUCUGGUGAGAUGGGCAAUCCCGCAGCUUCACGACAUUGAUGCAUUAGCGAAGAUGGUCGACUCAUCUCUCAAGGGUGAUUAUCCAGCCAAGUCGCUGUCACAUUUUGCUGAUGUGAUAUCACGUUGUGUUCAGUCGGAACCAGAGUUCAGGCCACUAAUGUCAGAAGUGGUUCAAGACCUCUCAGACAUGAUCCAGAGAGAACAUCGGAGAAAUGACUCAAAUGGGGAUAAUCAGUAUGCAGGAAGAAGAUAGUUUAAGGAGACUGUCUCUUAUACAAAACUAGUAUUAUAGUAUUGUUUCGAAAGUCGCAACCAUUGUUCUUUAACGAAGCCUUGUUUGUAUUAUUGUAUAUGUAGACUGUGUGACACAGCUUACUCUGCUCUAGCCUUUUAGUCUAUCCACAACAUUCCAAUGUACUAACUUAUUUCCACCGGAUUAGGAUCGGCAAGCAAUCUCUGAG